AUGACCACCACGGCAUCCACCAGUUACAAAGAGGAAUGGCUUACUGGGCCGCAGUCCACCCAGUUCUAUACCAGGACCUACCUUCCUCCGGGUGAAGCGUCACCGAAGGCAGUAAUCGUCUUCGUGCAUGGCUUUGCCGAACAUAUCGGUCGCUACACGCAUUUCCACCCUUGGUUGGCCCAGAGGGGCAUUGCAGUCUUCGCCUUUGAUCAGCGUGGGUAUGGUUUGACUGCUCAAGAUACGACUGGGAGGAAGAGCAAGACGAGUGCGUAUGGGAAGACUUGUUGGAAGGACCAGAUGGGGGAUAUUGACUGGGCAUUGAAGCAUGCGAGGAAUCUCUUCCCAGGCAUUCCCAUCUUCCUCAUGGGUCACUCUAUGGGUGGCGCAGAAGCUCUAGGAUUCCCCAUUGAGACCUCCUCGUCAUACAAAGAUGGUUUAGCGCUCGUGACCGCCGUUAUUUCAACUAGCCCGCUCAUUGCGCAGACGAGUCCUGCUCCUUCCCUCAUGAAAUGGCUCGGAAGCAUGGCGAGCGUCCUACUGCCUAACACACUCAUUCCAGCCGACGUGAACGCAGAUGACCUGUGUCAUGAUUCCGAGGUCAACGCUGCGUACCUCAAGGACCCACUUGUCAAGCAACAGGGGUCUUUGAAGGGUAUCUCUGACAUGUUGAGCAAGGGCGAAGCGCUGCGCAAGGAAUUGUAUAAAAACUGGCCGCCAGCACUUCCUGUUCUCAUUGUCCAUGGCAAUGAAGACAAGGUAACGUGUUGUAAAGCCUCUAAGGAAUUCUACGAAGCAAUCCCUGCCACAAAUAAGAAGUUUGAGCUGUUCGAGGGGGGCUUCCACGAACUCCAAAACGAACCGGACGGUGUCAAAGAGAAACUCGUUGAGCAAAUCGUCAACUUUGUGGAGGAAACGGUCCCGACUGCGCAAGUCUCCGGGGGAGGUGGUUCUGAUGCCAGUGUCCCCAAGGCCAGCCUCUAA